CAAACAAAAGUUAAGAAGGGAAAGAAACUUUCAAUUGUUAUAAAUUGGAGGAACCAAAAGAAGUGAGAUGCGCAAAACCUUCAUCUAUUUGAGACCAUUCUGACUAAUCCCAACAAUUUCAGAUAGAGAUUACCUCUUUAGCUCUAAGAAUGGGAUUUGAAAGGGAGUUUGACAUAAUGGUUGUCCCAACAAAAGGUGAAAUCAACGCGCCACCGCCACCGCCACCACGAAAGAAUCUGAGUUUCAGUGUAGUGGAACUUAAUGAUAAAGAUAUUAAAACGUCUUCGCAAGAACUAGAAAGAAUUUUGACUCAAUAUUUAGAGACAUUGUCGCAUCGGACAGAAUAUCAUAUAGGUUAUCCAGUUAAUAUAUGUUACGAGCAUCAUACUGUUUUAGCUCCACUUUUGCAAUUCCACUUGAACAACUGCGGAGAUCCCUUCACUCAGAACACUGUCGAUUUCCAUUCAAAAGAUUUUGAAGUGGCUGUUUUAGAUUGGUUUGCGCAACUAUGGGAAAUUGAGAAGGAUGAAUAUUGGGGAUACAUUACAAAUGGUGGCACAGAGGGAAAUCUCCAUGGUCUUUUGAUUGGGAGAGAGUUACAUCCCACUGGGAUAAUAUAUGCAUCAAAGGAUUCACAUUACUCGAUUUUUAAAGCGGCAAAAAUGUACAGAAUGGAGAUAGAGACUAUCAAUACUUUAGUUAAUGGGGAGAUUGAUUAUGCUGAUCUGAGAUCAAAGUUACUUCUCAACAAGAACAAACCAGCCAUCAUCAAUGUCAAUAUUGGAACUACCAUCAAAGGAGCUAUUGAUGAUCUUGAUCUGAUCUUACAAAUACUUCAAAAAUGUGGUUAUUCCAAUGAUAGGUAUUACAUCCAUUGUGACGCUGCACUAUAUGGGCUAAUUAUCCCAUUUAUCCAACACGCGAAAAUAAUUACCUUCAAGAAGCCAAUAGGCAGUGUUUCAAUUUCAGGCCACAAAUUCCUGGGAUGUCCAAUGCCUUGUGGCAUUCAGAUAACAAGGAAACGUUACAUUACUAGUCUCUCCACAAAAAUCGAGUAUAUUGCUUCAGUUGAUGCUACAAUUUCUGGUAGUCGAAAUGGCCUGGCACCAAUAUUCUUAUGGUACAGUUUAUGCAUGAAAGGCCGUGCUGGAUUGCAAGAAGAUGCGAAAAUAUGCAACGAAAAUGCCCGAUAUUUGAAAAGCCGACUUCACAAAGCAGGAAUUAGCGCUAUGCUCAAUGAGUCUAGCAUUAUCGUUGUAUUUGAACGACCUAAUGACCCUAAGUUCAUUCGUCAUUGGCAACUGUCUUGCACAAGAGAUAUGGCACAUGUUGUAGUCAUGCCAGGUAUCACAAGAGAAACAACAGACAGUUUUCUUAAGGAUUUAAUGCUGGAGAGGGAAAAAUGGUACCAGAUUGGAACAACUCUGCCUCCUUGCCUAGCAGAUGAUAUUGGUUCUCAAAACUGUCUUUGCUCCUAUCAGAAGAUGCAUCAUUGAAUUCCUUAGAAGACGAAACUUGGAACAGUCCUAGAUAUGGAGUAUGCUUUUAUGCAGAGGUGGUGGCUCAAUAAAAUUGGUGAUCUAACGCCAAGCUUUUAAUAAAUAGAAGACCUUAUAUUUAUUUAUUUUAGUUCUUUUUGAGAAAAAAAAUUGUUCUUCUAUUUGAGUUUCAUUAUCAUCUUAUUCAAAUAAAAUGGGAGUUGUUCAUAUGUAGAACACUCUCCCAUAUUGUUUGUUUAUUUUUCUUGUUGUUUGUUAUAAAAUUAUUAAGAGCUGCUCUUGAGACAUAUAAAAUUUCAAUAAUUUUUUUC